AUGAAGAAAGAAAUUUUCUCUUUGACAGCAGAGAAUUUGGCAUAUAAAAGGCCGUCCUCACAUUCAUCAACACUUUCAAUACAAGAUAUCCCGUUAGUUGCCAGCUUUGGAAAUGACGGUGACAGAACUGGGGCCUGGCAGCGAUGCAGUAUCACAAAAAAAGACAUAGUACCCUGGUGGCAAGUGGACCUUACAAGGCAAGCUGCAGUCACAAGCCUUAGAAUACAGAAUUCCGAAACUUGGGAUCCUCACAGAAUCAAUCCAUUCGAUGUCAGUGUUGGGGACAAUAAGUCAAAUGGCGGACGAAACAAUACACUGUGUGUGAAAGACGGAACAUUGCCAAGCGGAGAGUUGAGAAAGUUCGAUUGUCCACAGGUUCUGAUGGGUCGUUACGUCAGUAUCUUUUUGAACAGACAAGAAUAUCUUCAAGUAUGCGAGGUUGAGGUUUAUGAAGCGAUUUAA